AUGGCAGAGACUAUGCUCUUACCAGGCAAGUGGGGCGGUCGGGCGGCUCGGCGACUCGGCGGUCGGGCGGCUCGGCUGCUCGGCGGCUCGGCGGUCGGGCGGCUCAGUGCUGGGCGGCUCGGCGGUCGGGCGGCUCGGCUGCUAGGCGGCCCGGCUGCUGGGCGGCUCGGCGGUCGUGCGGCUCAGCUGGCCGGCAGUUCGGCUGCUCGGCGGUGCGGGCGCUGGGUGGCGGGGCCGCAGGUGGCGGCGGGGCCGCAGGUGGCAACGGGGCCGCAGGUGGUGGCGGGGCCGCAGGUGUCGGCGGGGCUGCAGGUGGCGACGGGGCCGCAGGUGGCGACGGGGCCGCACGUGGCGACGGGGCCGCAGGAGGGGCCGUAG